CCCUUGCUUUUUGUCCAAGCACGCCGCAGCUGAGGAAUUCCGCCAAAAGGCUGCUAAAGGCUAUGAAAUACGGGAAUACGCUCGCGCAGCGUUCGAUACCCGAAUGGGGCUCCUAUAAUGUCGAUUACAAUGACUUGAAGCACCUGAUCAAGGUCCGAACGAGCCGGGAGCGUUCGAGCACCAUUCCCAUCCCCGGUAGUGGCGACGAGGAUUCGAGUGAGCUGCAGGAAUUUGAAAAGGAGUUUUACGCUGAAUUGGUCGAUCAGCAUGAACGGGUCGAUCUUUUUGUGCAGAGCAAAGCGGGCGAAGUCCAGCGGCGUCUAGCCCACCUACAGCGUUUGGUGGAUCGCCUCGGACGACGGGAUUCUACUUCCCAGGGUUCAAGAGCAGGUGUGAGAAAGAGACAAAGAUUUUCCAAGAUUGAAGAGGAAGUACUUGGAGCCGGUGAAGACAUCCAGGCGCUAUCACGCUUCGUCGGCGCACAGCGGCUCGCCUUCCAGAAGCUGUUGAAAAAGUACCAGAAAUGGACUAGAUCCAGCAAACUCGCAAGACGAUUUACAAAAGAGGUCAUGGACCAGCCCACGAGCUUUUGUAAUCGCGAUCUCGCCCCAUUGCUCUCGCAAUGGACUGCGGUUUUGGCGGCCGUUCGCGCACCUUUCAUGAAAGAACAGAUCAAAAGAACCGACACCCCUGCUUCCAUUCCAUCGGGGCAAACGUCCGCAGAGGACUUGCCCAUGAUUGUGGAGCCCGUGAAUGUGCAUUCGUUGGUGACGGAGAAGCUAGACACGGAUGUCGACUUUGACGUAGCACUCGCAUUAUUGGCCCAAUAUCAAUCAGCAAAGCGCGCGACCUAUUGGGUGCACCGGGACAACCUCGUCCAGCUGCAGGUGCUCAUGCUUCAGUUUGCACGGUUGUGGCAUCGGCCCGGAUGCCAUAAUGGGGGCAGUCUAUCUGCGACACCCACGCGUCGGAGCUCAUCCACCUACGGCCAGGAGAGAGAGGAAUCGACCGGCCUCGUGGUGCUUGACGAUGUGGAUGAUCUGUGCCAACGCUAUAAAUCAGCUUUCAAUGCCGAAGCUGACGGAGAGGGUCGGGCUUUUGAUGCCGCUGUCCGGACACUGCGCUGCUGUGGCGAUGGUAGCGCUGCUGUCGAUCUCAAAUCUAGAGACGAGGAACACACGGGUGAUGCCGUCAAGGUGGACAUGAAGCAGAUGCGGUCACUUUUCAAACACAGCUCCGGGGCAUUGUCGCGCCGAGAAUCUGAUGCGUGUACGUUGGUCAACGAGCCUGAUCGCGCCCAAGUCGAAAAGACCAGACAAUGGCUUGCGGAACAUCCAAAGGUCAGGCCUUUGGUUGAGGUCCAGAGCACCCGGACACGUUUCAUUGGGUUGAACAACGCUCCGGCCAGAAGCAUUUGGGCGGUACUCGACCAGGAAGUGAAGAUGGGCCCGGUUUCUUCUGAGCAGCUUGCACAUGGCGAUGCACGACGAAAUUCUUCGACAGGACACUACCACUCUUUCCCUCAUGCCGUAUUGGAGAUUUGGUGGGAAGGUGAGGCUGGGGCCGCUCUCGCAAGGGCUCUGGAUCAGAGUUACUUGACUGAGCGAGUGUAUGGUUUCUCAUUGGGAAUGCACGCUGUUUCUGUCACAUGUGGACUUGGCCAGUCCGUCUUACGCAACUGGUCAAAGGAAUUGGCAAAGGAUAUCCGUAAAGUUCCUGACCCUGUCGAACGCACAUUAAGCCGCACCACCAGCUCGACACACAUUGACGAACCGGCGCGAAAGAGUAAUAACAUCUCGGGGUCCACCACAACAGUGACCGACUUUCCUUCGGGGAGCAGCAACUUUGCACCCGUCAUGGACUCGUCCGCGACUUCCCUCGUUGACGACCCAGCCCACACUGGCCCUGGAGCCGGCAAGAAGACGGGCAAAGGUCGACGAAUCCCUCCUCGCCGAGAGAACAGCCAUCAGAAGUCCAACCUUUCUUCUGUCCAGCGGUACUGGAACGAAUACGAUGACCCCGAAGAUCAGAACAGCGAAGGCUCGUACGCUAUAUACAUAUACCCUAAUGACUCGUCAUCUUUUUUCCCGGGCCAAGAAUCCAUUACGAACGCAUUCAAGUACAUUGGCCAGGGUGUCAAAUCACUGACCACCAAAACCUCGGAAGCCGCACGAUCUCUUUCAAAAUCCAUUGUCCCUCGUCGCCGCGGCGGCGGCCGAUCAUGGCUCUUUCCCACUUCUCAAUCUACCUCUCAGCCUAAUGAGGGAGCUGCUCGCGACCCUUUGCUCCCAACAAACCGUCACCAUCGCCACGCAUCCGCGACUGGCGCCUACGACUCGGGAAUUGAAGCCGAAGACGAAGACUCUGCCACCGAUAUCCCCGGAUAUGAAACCGUCUACGACUCUCGACGGGCGUACUCGACGUUUCCUCCUCUUGAGGAUUAUCGACACCAGGCCGGCGUUACUGCGUAUCGCGAAAAAGUGCUCUUCAGGACAUAUGUCGCUUUUCUCACAGUGUCCGUGGUGAUUCUGACCGCGCUCGGGAUCUUGGUAUCGACCACGUCAGACGAGUUCACCUAUGAUCUCGGCACCAUUAUGGGCGUCGUCAUGAGUUUGAGUCUGGCUGUCAUGAGUGUCGGGAUGAUGUUGACCAGAAGGGACCACUUGAGCUGGACGCAUCGCGGCGCAGUGCUCUUGGUAUUUGCCAUUGUGUGUGUUGUCAGCGGGGUCUUGUUGGCCUUGGUCGGAUCUCAACUAUAGCGAGGGCCGUCCGAAGUUUUCUCCUUCCUGUCUUGAUUUAAACCAUUUCAUUUCAACUCGACUAGCCCACGAUCUUGGAAGCAUUAAAUUCUUACCUGACAUGAUUCUAGCAUUUGCAUUUAAAGCAUUUUAAGCAUUUUAAGCGCCU